AUGGGAUUUCUACAGCCAACACACAACGUGUGGUCAAGCGAUUCAGCCGGAGAUGAGGGAAAGCUCAACGAGAAGUCCCUUGCAUGGCAUCGGACUACCUCCCGCCUGCAUUUAGUCAUACCGACGGGAGGCCUCAACCCAGAUGUCAGAGAUGAGCUCUUCCGCACAAGUUGCAGGACCUGCACAGCGGCGCGAGCCCAGAAGGCACAAGCACUGCUCGCAGCAUUUGCUGCAGCAUCUGCUGUCCUACUAUUUGUCUACAUAUGCAGUUUAUCUAUUCGAAGGGGAAAAGCCGCGUUGCCAUUUGGGCGCACACUGGCGGCCAGCGAUGAUGAUGAAGACAGUGGCGAGUCAGGAUCAUGCGUCAGAGACAUAGACAAAGCUCAAGGUCACGCUCCUCACUCGUAUCCUUUCCCAAGUCCAUAUGUGCCUCUUUCUGUCGAAAGUGGGCAUACUGAUACGUCGCCAGCGCUGGGGAGAACGUCAACGGUUCCCAGAAAGCGCAUUUCGUCUGCAGCCACACAACGGGUAAACGAAGCUGGAGAGUGGGCUAGCGUUAAGGGGAAUGAGAAAGAGAAUGUCAUUCUGGAGAGGGAGGCGAAGCUGCCCAGGUUGGAAGUGCCGGUUCAGGAUAUUCCGCCGGGACAUCCACCAAUACCACUAGACCCGGCUCUCGAUAUACUUAUUGACUCUAUGUUGAGUGAAAUUGAAGACCCAUUGUCCGAAGACAUUUGGCUCCUUGAUGAUGAUGAAACUCGCCUGACGUCUUCAGCAGUGCAAAUCGACCGUGCAGAGCCUGUAGAGUGGCAUGGGAACAGGCAGAGCCCUUCCCCGUGUGCUCAAGCAGACCAAAUCACUCCAGGCGUAUCUGGAGCCCUGUCCGUUCUAGAUGGAAGUGAAGCUAGCGAUUCAACCCCGCUGGGAUUUUUCGAAUCCGUGUUGUCAGAAUCCAGCCAUAGUGGUCAGCAUGUUUUACAUGAAUGGCUAUUGAGUGAGGCAGCACAAGAUUUGGGGGAAGCGCUGAGCCUGAUGGCAUCCAGCGGGAUGCACUCUGCAUUGCCAGCUAGCAGCGGAGAACCGGAGGGGGCGGCAACAGGCCACGGGUCGUUACGCACUGGCACAACAGAGAGCGUCAUGGAUCCAAGAGUUGACGGCUAUGCAACGCCACAAAGUGAUUCUUCCAGCGAGGUACUCUAA